GGUGAUUUUGUGAUUCAACUGAUCAGUAUGAAAGUUCCUUUAGUGCUCCUGUGCCUCACUGCGGUGAUCCUCCACUGCGAGGCGCUUCCUCGGCCCAGCAGGCGAGGAAGAAUCCUGUCCAGAGGCCGAUCACGGACGUCUCAGUGCGGCUACGAUAGCUGCCCAAAACUCGAUCCCUCGAGGAUCAACGUCCACAUCGUGCCCCACACGCACGACGACGUGGGAUGGCUCAAGACUGUGGACCAGUAUUACUACGGCAGUCGAACUCUCACGCAGAAGGCUGGCGUGCAGUACAUCCUUGAUUCUGUGGUGCAAGCUUUGCUCGCCGAUCCCGAACGCCGCUUCAUUUACGUGGAGUCGGCGUUCUUCUUCAAGUGGUGGCGCGAACAGACGCCCGAUCUCCAGAAGAAGGUGAAGCAACUGGUGGAAGAGGGUCGCCUGGAGUUCAUUGGGGGCGCUUGGAGCAUGAACGACGAGGCUGUUGUCCACUAUCAAUCCGUCAUCGAUCAGUUUACGUACGGAUUGAGGCGACUGAAUGACACCUUUGGCAAAUGCGCACGUCCGCGCGUCGGUUGGCAGAUUGAUCCAUUUGGCCACACUCGUGAAAUGGCAUCACUUUUUGCUCAGAUGGGCUUCGACGGAAUGUUCUUCGGACGCCUGGACUAUCAAGACAAGACGCGAAGACUGGAGAAGAGAGAAGCGGAAAUGAUCUGGAGAGGAAGUGCAAAUUUGGGAGAAGCUUCUGAUCUCUUCACUGGCGUUUUGUACAACAAUUACGGCCCACCGCCUGGCUUUUGCUUCGACAUUCUCUGCUCGGACGAGCCAAUGAUCGAUGAUCCGCGCAGUCGAGACUACAAUAUCGACAGGAAGCUGAGAGAAUUUGCGGUGUAUUUGGACAAAAUGCGGUUCAGAUAUAGAACCAAGAACCUCAUCCUGACAAUGGGUGAAGAUUUCAACUAUCAAGACGCCAAUAUGUGGUUCAAGAACCUCGAUAAGCUGAUUAAAUACGCCAACGAAGCACAGAAGAACGGAUCGAACUUCAACUUGGUUUAUUCAACUCCAAGUUGCUAUCUGAAAUCCCUUCAUGAUGCUCAGAUAACUUGGCCAACCAAGACAGAUGACUUCAUCCCUUAUGCUUCUGAUCCGCACGCUUUCUGGACUGGUUAUUACACGUCGAAACCCGCCUUGAAGCGUCUAGAGAGAAUGGGAAACAACUUCCUGCAGACCUGCAAGCAAUUGACUGCAUUCGCCACGGAGAAAACGGAGAAAUCUUUGAAGCCACACUUGGACUACUUAACGGAGGUCAUGGGCGUUUUGCAGCAUCACGACGCCAUCACAGGAACAUCGAAGGAGCACGUAACUCAGGACUACACUGUGCAGAUUUCCUCAGCCUUGAAGGCCUGUUCCUACUCAGCCAAGAUCGUACUCAAUCAACUCACGAAGAGACAGACGAACAAGGACAAACCCCAGCAAGCUGAUCCCACUGAGCCCGCCAAGGAAUCUGCACGGUAUCACGAUCAAGCGACUGAACCUCAACCCACCUUCACGUUCGACUACGAUAGCUGUCUGCUGCUGAACGUUUCCCACUGUGAGAUCUCCGAGACCAAGCAGAAGUUCAUGGUCACGGUGUACAACGCCUUGGCGCACUCAGUCUUCCACUACGUCAGAGUGCCCGUGGACGGAAACUUUGCCUACGAGGUGACUGACUACAGAUCAGUUCCCAUUUCUCACCAGAUCAUCGCUGUGCCAGAGCAAGUCAAGGAUUUGCAUCCUGUGCAGGGAACGGGAUAUGAACUGGUGUUCCUGGCCACGGAAAUCCCUCCAGUGGGCUACAAAUCCUUCUUCAUCGUUCGCACUCCAGCGCCGAUUGUCUUGAACGUUCCUCGCUUCGAUAAGGAUCCAGAAGUCUUUCUGCUUCAGCACAAGAUGAGCGCCGACGAGCCUCAGAAGCCGCCACGGAACAGCAAUGUGGUGUCAAUUGGGAACAAAUAUUUCAGCGUUGGAUUUGACGCAAAAGGAUUCGUGAGCAGCAUUUCCUUGGAAGACGGAUCUGAGCACAAACUCAGUCAGAACUUCUUCUACUACGAAGGCGCUGUUGGUGACAAUAGGGUGUUUAAGAAUCGCAGUUCUGGCGCCUACAUCUUCAGGCCGAAUAGCACUGAGAGAUUCGUGACGAAUCAGGUGGACGUGAGAGUGAUCAAGGGUCCGGUGGUUGAGGAGGUGCACCAGACCUUCAACGAGUGGGUCAGUCAGGUGGUGAGGGUCUAUCGCGAUUACAACUACGUGGAGUUCGAGUGGUUGAUCAAUCCGAUCCCAAUUGACGAUGGCUUCGGAAAGGAAGUGGUUUCGCGCUUCGUGUCCGACAUUGAAAGCUCAGGCGCUUUCUUCACCGACUCCAAUGGCCGAGAGAUGAUCCGUCGCGUGAGGAAUCACAGGGAGACGUGGAAUUUGCUGCUUCAAGAGGAGGUGGCAGGAAACUACUAUCCUGUCACCACGAAUAUUGCCGUUGAGGAUCGCGAGAAGAGACUCUCAGUCAUGACGGAUCGCGCGCAGGGCGGCAGCAGUCUUCAGGAUGGGGCAGUUGAGCUGAUGGUGCAUCGCCGAUUGCUUCACGAUGACGCCUUCGGCGUGGAUGAAGCCCUCAAUCACACCCAUCCCAUCAGAGGAAAACACUUCCUGCUCUUCGGGAAACUGGACAGUGUCCCAACCAUGGCCGCUCGCGAGCGCUUCCUUCAGGCCGAGAAGCUCCUCUCGCCGUGGCUCUUCUUCAGCGACGUUUCCUCUUACGAGUACGAAGACUGGCGCAAGACUUACAGCCAUCUCUGGUCCGGAGUGGCUCUGUCUCUGCCACAAAACGUUAAACUCCUCACUCUUGAGCCCUGGACUGAGCUCAGCUUCUUGAUCCGCUUCGAACACAUCCUCGAACAGACGGACGAUCCGGAAUACUCAAAGAGCGUCACGUUCAACUUCAAGGAUGUCUUCGGAUCGGUCUUCGACAUAAACGGACUCGAGGAAAUGACACUGGACGGCAAUCAAGUGCUUCAGGAGAAUUCCAAGAGUCGCUUCAAGUUCAGGCCCGACAAUGUGUCCUUCUUCACGAACGAGAUUGUGAAGAGGAAGCGCGAAACCGUGACUGAAGAGCCCCAAGUGAAGGGCGUGACGAUUAUAGAUGAGGGAUCACCAUCGAAUGAGCCGGUCAAGGAGCUUCCGGACGACUCCACAAAGUGGGACAUCACUCUAGAGCCCAUGCAAAUCCGCACUUUCGUCCUUCAUGUGAAUCCCUCGGUUUACGAUAAGUGAAAUUGCGCUAAUAAAGGCGUUUCUGUUUUCAGUGGGAGUGAUUCUUUCUCUUCGAUGAUCUUUUAUUUUUAAAUUAUAUUCUUUUAUACAAAAUAAUAACGUCCAAUAAAGAAUAUCUUCCAACAA